CCGACCAGCCGUGCCAGCGUCCGGCUGCGCCAUAAUCAAACUUUUCUGUACAUUUUCACGUCACCUGGUUGCGAAACAUAAAUUUGGCAUCCUAUGCAAAUAUAUGCUGACGUAAAAGAUCAUGUGGUUUUUGUCGUCGAUCCCCCCUAUGAGCAACGAGGAGGUUUUUUUUUCUCCUCUCUACUGUUGUCUUUAGGUUAGCUAUGCUACAAUCUUUACUGUACCCAGCGCUAGCUAUAUGCGCCCCGCACCGCACCACUCUGGAUAUCUGGGAAUAAUCAACUUCCAGGCUGUCGCACCCUGCACCCAGAGACUACACACAGAUUCCACAGGAGAUUACCCAGAGUGCUGCUCGCCUGAGGAUCAUCAAGAAGAGACGGAGAACGACAGAUUGGACGUGGAGGACGCACAGUGAUUGCAGGAGGAGGUGGAGCCUCAGAAAGACCCCCUCUGCGUCCAGUGAAGCCCCUCCCCUCUGAGGAAGUGCACUUGAGAGCCACUGCUGUCUGUGAUGCCCUCCCAUGACGCCCAGGUCGGUAGCUGACACUGCCAGUGAGCGGGAGACGCCACUGCACAACUGGUCCUGGGCCGGCACCAUCAGCCGGUUCUCGCCCUCCCUCUUGCACGCUGGAGACUCCAACUCCACCCACUUACCAGUAUCCACAACCAUCAGCUCCGAUCCACCCCAGUAAGUCCCUUUCAAAAACCGACAGGCUGACAUCCUCAGCCAGUACCAGCAGCAGCAGCAGCCAAAAACUACAGUAUCUUCAACGCAACACCAGCACCACCAUUAUCACCACCACCAGCAGCAACCAUCAUGUCCAGUCGUAGAAAGUCCUCCACCCCCUGUAUGGUCCGGGUCAUCAGCGACCUGCCUGAAGAGCAAGAUGACCCCGACAUGGACAUGGAAAUAAUGGUGGACAACGAUGCGACCGAAAAAGAACAAUCAGAAUCUGAAUCUGCAGAAAAGAGUGAAGACCCCCAGCAGAAGGAUACAGAGAAUCCAGACCAGCAGACGUUUCCACAACCAGUGGAGAAUCCUGAGCCAUUACAAAAAGAGGAGCAGUUGGGUGAGAAAGAUCAACCGCCUGUUAUUGAGGAUGUAGAAGCCACAGAGGAGAAGGACAGGGAAGGGGUUGACUCUGACCCGACGUACCAGAAAAAGCAGCCCAGAGGCUACGAGUGCAAAUACUGCCCGUUCUCAACGCAAAACCUGAAUGAAUUUAAGGAGCAUGUGGACUCCAGCCACCCGAACGUCAUUCUCAAUCCGUUGUACCUCUGUGCUGUCUGCAACUUCAACACCAAGAAGUUCGACUCACUCACAGAGCACAAUGAGAGCCAGCACCCGGGCGAGACCAACUUCAAGUUCAAGAGGAUAAAAAUGAACAAUCAGACUAUCUUAGAGCAGACAAUCGAAGGCAAGGACAAUUCAGUUGAAUGCGAAGUGACAAAUGAACAGGGCGAAAGCAUCAGCAGUUCAGUGAUUCCGCCUUGUAUAUCAACCACAGUGAAAACCCCAGAUAAUAUUCAGCAGUUCUAUCCAGGGAGCGAACUGAAAAGCCAGCAGGACGGCCUGAUCCAGAAGAAUCAAAUCACAGCAGUGAACAUCAACGGAACAGUCAUCAUCCCCGAACCCACCAUCCUCCAAGGGCUCUCCCAUGUCACCCCGAUGCUCCAGCGCCCUCCCAACUUUAACUCUGUACCAAAAAUAGCUGUUCCCUUGAACACCACCAAAUAUAACCCUUCGUUAGAUGACAACUUGACGUUGAUCACCUCCUUUAACAAGUUUCCUUACCCGACACAUGCUGAGCUGUCGUGGCUUACAGCUGCCUCCAAGCACCCAGAGGAACAGAUCAAAGUCUGGUUCACCACCCAGCGGCUGAAGCAAGGCAUCACCUGGUCCCCGGAGGAGGUGGAAGAAGCCAGGAAGAAGAUGUUCAACGGUUCAAUCCCUCCUGCACAUCACACAUUCACCGUCCUGCCUACAAGCCCCGUCUCUCAGCCAUCUGCCAAAUCCUCCCAGCAGCCCAUUGUCCACACUACAGUCGGGCAUGCAAGUCACGCCCGGACAGCCGCGUCCAAUGGGUUAAGUGCAGUCGCUACCACAAACUCUCUUGCCGGAGUUACCACUGGCUGCAGCCCCACCCUUAAACGAUCCCUGCCAACACACCUGACGACAGUGUUCGGCCCGGAGUCUAAGCGGCCCAUCAUGGCAGUUGCCCCCCAUUCUGGCGACGCCAAAGACAGGGGCCUUAUGGCUCCUCCUCCACCCCCUCCUCCCCCAAAAGACCGCCUCCCAAUGGCUCCACCUCCUGUUCCCAUAGAGAUGAAGAGACCUGUAGCAGUUCCUAUGGUCACCAUGGAGAUGAAGAGGCCAUCCGUUGCUGUGCCUUUUAUGCCACCGCCAUCAUCGUCAUCACAACCUUCGCUGUCCAAAGGGAAGAUUCCCUUGACGUUAGGAAACCCCAAAACAAAGCCGGUGGUGUCGCUGCCCUCCAUUGUCUUUCCAGAGUCUUUAACACGGCCACUGAUAGUUCCCCCGCCCAUCUUUGCCCCGCCAUUUAAAAACACAUUACUUUUUCCUCUUAGUUCACCCAAAGAAAAGCACCAGAAUACCCACACUUUGCCAGCUGCUGAUUUGAAGCUGCCAAACUCCCCGCCACUUAUUACCCCACAGAUAAGGAGGCCGACGAUAAUCCAGUCAAUCCGCGCUCUGGCUAAAGCCCCUUCCCAGAUUCCAGGCUUCCCCUUGGAUAGCAAGAAACUAAAAGAGCAGCAGGGAGUGGAGGUGAAAGCCAGCUACCCCAGAGGAGAUAAGGUACUCACUCCUCUGGCAGAGGCCAAUGGGACAUCUCGCACGGACGGAAAAUGGUCCCACGAUCAAACCUCCCUUCCUCACAACAAUGGAGUCAUGCAUGUGGAUGGUAUUGAGCCACCAGCAGCAAUGAAAGCAGACUUUCAGCAAAAGUCCUCGGUGCUGACCCAGUUCCCAUUGCUGGAGAGGAUGAAAGGAAAGACGGCGGAGCAGCUAAAGAUCUUAGAGGAGAAUUUCUUGAGGAAUAGCUUUCCCACGCUCAGCGAUGUGGACAAUCUGGCGGGCACCACCCGCAUGUCUCACCAGGAAAUCGACAGCUGGUUUGCGGAGCGCCGUGCAUUACGAGACAACCUGGAACAAGCCCUUCUCAAUUCCAUGGGCACUAAAAGGAUGGGCACUGGUGGCGGUGCUGCCAUCUCCAAGAAACGUCCACAACAGCAAUCUCUACAGCUGAAUGGGAUUCACAAACCAAGCACCGGUAUUAAAAGCCCACUUCCACCCUCUUCCACCCUGCCCAUCAUUGCGCCCUCCAUCCCCAACCCGAAUUCCUGCUCAGUGCCUCCAGACAGCCGAUCCCUGGCGCUCCUCAAGGAUGAUUUUGCUCAAACGCGGUGGCCUUCCCCUGAGGAGUUCAGCCAACUGGAGGGUCGGACAGGACGUGCCGAACUUGCCCGCUGGUUUAACGACAGCCGGCUGCAGAGCGGUAACAUGGAACUGACAGAGCUUUUUCACAACAAUGGAGUGAAUGGAGGGCAAGGGCCACCUGUGGGCUCUCCCAAAAAUGCUCCCCUGAGCAUCUUCCAGCGUUGUCAGGAAGGAGCCCUCACAAACAACAACAAUGGCACUAAGGUGUUGGAGGCUGAGUUGGGCUGGCUGAUGGAUCAGCGCACUAACAGCCUCAGCAGUCAACAGCACGAUGAGCUUCAAGACCGGUUUGCUGGCAGACUGAGGCAGCAGAAUGCAGCGGAGCUGAAGAACGGGGGACAGAAUGGGGGAGUGGUGGGAGGAGUACGGGAGAUGUUCGGCAGCUGGCUGGAGGAUGGACACUCGAGGAGAGGACGGGAGCUGCUCCUGGACAGAGACAGGAAGAUGGCGGAGGACACGUCUGGGAGGCUGACUGGAUAAACGGUGCAAAUAGGAUUUGCCGCCAUCACCGCCACUGCUGCUGGAAACAUACAGGAGGAAAGAAAACGAGGUGGACGGAGAAUGGAGCAACACACAGAAGAGUUUUUUUUUAAUCAUCAGACAUUGUAUUUUUUUUUCUUUUAUUUUUUAACCGAUUUUUAUCUCUUGAUUGUCGCACCACAGAUCACGCACAACAUCCUCAGAGGUAAUCUCGUCAGCGUUCUCGACCUGGAGUGACCCCUCCACAGACGUGACAUUCACACGACAAAAGCAUGAGCUUAAAUAAGAUGGAGGGAGUUGGGGGGCUCUGUGGUGGCAGAUUUUAUUUUGGCGAGGGCGUAAACAUGCUCCCAAAUUGAAAUCAGAAGAGUGCGAGGAGAAAUUCAGGGUCACGAUCUGUGAAGAUAAUUGAAACUGCCCUCCCUUACAGUGAAUCUGCUGCUUUCUUUUCAUUUCUCACAGUAAUGUGAGUUUUACAAUAGUAUUACAAUACAGGAACUAAUCUUCACCUAGUGUAUGCACAGACAAGGCUCAGUGCACAAACACCAUCAGAGAUACAACUUAUAUGUGAGGAGCUGAUUUCCAAAAUGCUGGAAACAAACAGGUGGAGGUUUUUCUACAGCUGGACAAUCCAAAACUUUCCUUUAACAGAUAAAUUAGUUGUGUCUGUACUCAUCAAUUGUGCUAUAUAAGUACAGGCCCUAAAAGCCAAUCCCAGCAGCAGAUUAUGAAUGAUGCUACAAACAGCCUGUUUCAUCAGGAGGCCUGAGAACCAAUUUAGGCUAAAUGAAACAAGUAAGUUCAUUUUGCCCAUUAACAUCAACCAUCCCUUUCAGUUUGUUUGUAAUCAGUGGGGAUGGUUCCUGAACGUUUACCCCUGCUCCCAGUUUCAUAAAACAAACGAGUCACUGUAUACUCAUGUUGGCAGUAUACACUGCUAUAAUACUGUCAUGAUGGAUGGUAAAAAAAAAUUUUUUAACUUGAUGCAGCAGAACCUGAGAUAUCGUCUGUUUUUUGUUCCUCUUCCUUGUCAGAACCUGGAGUCAAGAUUACCCAUAAUGCAACAUGACGAAUGACAGUUUGAUUAGAGACCCAGGUGUGUUCUGCUAGUAGCAGCUAAUGCAGCCUGCAGCAGAGAUGAGCAGCAGACUGCAGAGGUCUGAUAACCUCACGUCUCACUAAUGGCGUGUUCACACCAAACGCAAAGUGAAUUUUUGCAUCAUGUUACUUCGAGUCAAAUCAAAUCAAAUCAAACUUUAUUGAUAGAGCACCUUUUAUGCAGUCAUGCAGCCCAACGUGCUUCGCAGAGCAGGAUUGAAACAGCGCAGAAAAAGUAACAAGUAAGUAACUAAAAAUUACAACAAUAAACAAUCAAAUGUUUAAAAUAAAUAAAAAUUGAAACAACAAAUAAAUAUAAGGGAUAAUUUAAAAAAAAUGGUAGAAAAGUCCAAAGACUUAAAGACAGAGGCGAUGACGAGGCACCAUUAAUUAAAAGCCAAGCUAAAAAGAUAAGUCUUAAGGGUUCUUUUAAAAAUGUCCACAGAGGUGGAGUCACUCUGAUGCUCAGGCAGACUGUCCCAUUGACUUCUGGCCACAGUGGCUGAUUCCCCAUGGUUUUAUGUUGAAUUCGCUGGGACCACCAGGAGACCAGCAGUAGAGGAUCUGAGCAACCUGCUAUGUCCAUAAUAAGAGAAUCUUAUUAGUUUUUAAAUCACUAAAUGGCUUGGCACCAUUUAGUGAUUUAAAAACUAAUAAGAGAAUCUUAAAAUCAUUUUCUAUAACAGAACUGGCAGCUAAUGCUAUGACUUUGAAUUGUUAUAUGUGCUCUCUGUCUGGUCUUCGUCAGUAUUCUGACUGCUGCACAAGUUGUAGGUGGCCAACAGCUUUUUAGGUAGACCAAACGAGAGCAUUACAGUGGUCAAACCUAGAGGUUAGAAUGACAUGCAUUCAUUUUUCUCUGUCAGCGUGAGAGAGAAACAUCUAACUCAAGCUAUAUUUCUAAGGUGAUAAAUUAAUUGUGCAAAUACAGCCACAGGUGUGUUUUUUGGAAUAUUUGACAACUGCCAAAUAUUUGCAAUUAACAGCUGUGCUCACGGUUGUGCUGACUUAUUGGGGAUGGCAGCUAACAGCAAGUUUAGUUCCUAGCAAAGUAGAAGUGAAGUGAACAUGGAGGCUUUGUGCUCUGAAUCAGUAUGAACCAAGACGGCAACACUCUUUAUCAUUUUUUAUACUGUCCAUGGCAGCGCAUUACAACUUCACUCCUUCUGUCGUUUACUUGCCAUUGUAAAAUAAACAACUUAAAUUAGAACAUUUAGAUUGCACACAUUCUCAGAACUUACCAUUUAGGCCUGUGGCUUCGCUCACAAAUCUGCAAGCCCUCACCCUGUUCUGUGACUGUACAGUACCAAUCUUGACACUUUGUUUGCACUUAUGUAUAUAUACCGAGAUAAGUCAAUCAGAAGUUAUUUAGACGUCUUUUUUAAUGGAAUACGUCACAAAUCAUGCUACGUACCUGGCAGGCCAACAUAUUCACUUAUUUGUUGCCAUGCAGUAUUGGUCCUGUUUCUGUCCCAGUAAUGUUCCAAGCACAUAUUCCAAACUACCGGGUAGUGAAAAACGGACAAAAUUAGCCUCUCCCUGGCGGCUACAGGUAGUUUCUAUCAGGUUUCUAUACAUCAAUAAAGAAAUGCACUUCCUUGCAUUGAACACUAGAGGCAUCAUCCAUAUAUUUACAGAACUGCAGACACCAGUCACAUAGGUAAGUGGAAACGACAUCAGACAUCAAUAAUUUCCUCCUCUAUUUCUAAAUCUCGGUAACAUCAGGGGAAUCUUUACUGGAUCUCAACACUGAUAGGCUUUUGCGACACAGUGUCACGCAUUAUUCUAUACACAAAUAGUGCAGACUUUGCGGUGUGAGCACACCAUAACUCCAUUUUUUUCAUUAUCAGACCUACACAGCACCCUCUGGAGAAACUAAAGGCUUUAUACUUUUUUAAAAACAGAUGUGCAUUAAAGCUCCCAAAGACCUGGAAGCACAGAAUCAGUGGAGACUGCCAUUAAAAAAUUCAAACAUGCCAUUUAAAUGUAAGUAAAUUUUCAAAGUGAAGACUUUGUAGAAUACAGUCCAAACACACAGCUUUUUGUGGAGCUUUCAGAGGUAACACGAUCUUCAUCAACUGACUUUUAAAAGUUAAGUUUUGAGCCAACAUGGACAAGAAAUCACAACAGCUUCUGUCAGCAGAUCCAUCAAUGACAACUGAUCAAACUCUGCCGAUGAAUACAAUGUGUUAUAAUUGAAUUCUUUUUUUUUCUUCUUUUGUCAAUAUUCAAUUUUAAGUUAAAAACUUUUGAAAACCUUUUCAAGGAUUUCCUAAACUUAUUGAACUUGUUUCAUGACUCAUAUGACAGCUUUUUACUUUUUUUAGGUAAUGAAAGCUCCUUCAAUUCUGUUCCAUGUUGCAUAUUGGGACGAUCGUGUCCUUGACCGCCAGAGACAAAACAGGACGAUUUUUAUUUUGCUAUUAUUCCAAGGGGAACAUGUGAAAUCCUCAAGAAUUAGUAGAAAUAUAAAACUGGGACACAGUGUUGGUUAAUAAUCAGUAUUAGGGUGGGCUGAAUGAAUGGUGCCUAUAAUUGCCUCCUCAAAUUUAACCUUUUUAAUAGCUUUGGUGCAUUAGUCAGUACAAUGCUAAAACAUUCCCUUUAAGACGAAGCUUUGUUCAUGGAAAAAAAAUCAACAUCUUACAGCUUUAGGAGAUUAGUUGGUUUAUGAUAAACAUGAUUAGUUGAUUAAUUGACUAAAUGCAUAUUUGGAUACUAAAACAAAAUGACAGAAGGUAUUUUUUAAUGUCCUCAAACUGUAAGUGUCCUAAAGAGGAACUUAACACCUCCUUGAAACCUUGUCCUCAGUUGAACUUCUUACUAUGACAUCACUGUAGGGUGUGGUUACAGGUACAACAGUCAGUGAGGCUGGUGCCAAGUUACACUUAUAAAUAUUCAAACCUUCUCUAAUACAAAAGAGGGCAUCAUCAAGGAUCAGAGAUGUAGAUUUGUUAAAAUCCCAUGCCAUCCCUUUAAAAGAAGGGUGGAUCAGUAUUUUAAGGUGUGUUUUAAUCCACCUGUGUUUUUGUCUUAAAAGCUAUUUUUUUAAUUUGAGGAAAAAAACUUAGUGGAACUGAUGGGAAUUAGCAAGUCAAAAUAUAUCAGAAAGCUUUUAAUCUUAGGCUGAGGUGUAAAAGUUGACGCAUUGACAAAGAAACAGAAACAGAAUUAGUGAAUAAAUAAUAAUAAUAAAUACUGUGGCCUUAUGCCACCCCAGUGUGCUGUGAGAGUGAUCUCCACCUUUAAGCCGGAGGAGGUAGUAACAGUGCUGAAACGGUUUCUGUAUAAACAGGACAGGCAGCAGGAUGGGUGUGACAUUUUGAUAAUUGGUGAGGUUGUGGUUAUUUCUGUAAAGUUAUUUUUUAUGCCUGUUCUUGGUUCAGAUUUCCCAACAAACCAAACAAAACGAUUUACGACACAGCCUCUGGAAGAGCUUGUGUUGACAUUUUCUCAGACAGAGCAAGUCAUAUGUUCGCCAUUUAAUAGGAAGCAAGAGGAGAUUUUUCUUUAAAGAACUGUAUUUUUGACGUUUCAUUUUGGUUAUGGCUGAUACUGGUGCAGGAUCAGGAAAGAGAAAAAGAAACCAAUGACCGAAGAACAAAAAAGCUAAAAGGGACAGUAACCCCUUUUACACUGCCUGCUCAAGGCAAGAAUAUCGCGCCGUUAUGCUGCAUCGCUGUGCUGUAUGUAAGGCACAAUUGUGUAAUGGUAGGACAGAGUUGUCUUGCCGUUAAGCCUACAUGGUAGGUAGUAACAGCGCCGAAAUGGUGUCUGUAUAAGCAUGAUGGCUGUGACAUUUUGACAAGGUGUUACGCGUUCACUUACUGCGGGAGAUUAAAAAAGUAGCUACUAGCAGUUAGCAGCUAACUCAAAGAAGAAGAACAGCAUUUGCCCAUCACACCUCUUUUGCUUCCAGGAUGCGGGGAUGCAAUCUAUAAUCACACAGUAGAGUGAAAUGCUGCCAAAGUCGUUUUGUGUAAGUAUGCAAAGAAGGCAUGAAGAAGGGACUUUGUAGCGGCUCUAUAGCGCCACCUCUGUGCAAAAAUGGCUAAUGAUAGAGUCCUUGAAGCAUAAAGAGCUGAAACCAUCAGAUGUUGUUGGAGCAAUGAGGAGCAUAUAACCUUCCUCUCAUUAAACCAUGAAACAGACAGAUAUGUCAGGUUUCCAUCAUGUUUUCUAGCACAUGGUUUUCCAUCAUUUGAGCUCUUUUAACAAUCACACAACACACAUCUUUUCUUCUUCUGUAGUGGUUUAAUGGCACUGACUGGAGAAUUAGCUCCACCUGUGUUUCUUUAAAAUAUGCACUAAAUUUAACUUCCAGAGCUUCCCUUUAAUGAAACGAUUUGUGUGUUAAAGUCGAGAUAACUUCCCUUUAAAAGCAGGAUUUUUUUAUUGAUAAAGAGGCUUGACUGCCUCACAUCACAAACCUUCCCUUUAAAAGAUCCAACAUUCCCUUUAAGCGGGAGAUUUAUUGAUGAUCAAAUAGAUUUGUAACUUUCUAAAAGCUUGGUUUGGUUUUGUAAAAAUCCCAAACCUGAAUGAUCUGUGUUUCUGAAACAUUUUGAACUUUCCCUUUAAGAAGAAACCAGUUUCAUGAUUAGCACUUUACUGUGAGUUCCUAAACUAAAAAAAAACUGAACUUCUCCUUUAAGUCACUCUGAAGAAAGCAGCGUCUGUCUCGUGAGAGGGGGAUUAGCAGGUCAUGAACUCUUGGACUGGACGGAUGUUUGCGGCUGAGGUGAUGUUGUGCGUGACCUGCGUUGCCGUGGAGACGCAAGGAGGAGGAGGGUGAACCGGAGCACUGAAUGUGUGCCUGCAGCAGCAGUCUGACUGUACACACCAACCGACCGACCGACAGACAGGGUGGAUUUAAAAUAAACAAACUACAAAGAAAACAACAAACAAAAACGCCGAGUGCCAAAGCUGGGAUCUGCUGCAUUCUCACUACACUUUUGAAAAAAAGGGUUCUUCUUCUUCUUCUUCUUCUUCUUCUUCUUCUUCUUCUUCUUGUAAAUAGGAUAUAUAUGUUUGUUUGUUUUUGUUUUUUUCCCUGUAUUGCUACAGAUUUGUAAAAUUUUGCGGAAAAAAUUUUGUUACAUUUUGUAAAAUGGGAGCAACUCGUCCCCCCGAAACCCUCCUUUUUUUAACCCCUCUCUCUCACUUUCUCUCGCCUCUUAUUCUUUUUUUUCUUUUGUUGAUGGACUUUUAAAAAAAACGGUGCCAUCAGUGGUAUGCGUGUGUGAGUUUAAUGUUUCUUUUUUUGUCCGUCUCUCAUUUUGUACUGAACCAGAAUGGAACCACUACAAAAAAAAAAAUACAAAAAAAAAAGACGGACCAGUUGGCAAUACUUCAGUCACUUCCUCUUCAUCUCACCGGCACUGGACUUCCGCCCGCUACUUCCCGCUGAGAGGAGAGGAGAGGUGGGAGGAGGGAGGAGGAGUAGGGGAAGGAGGGAGGAAGAGGGGGGACUUCGCUUCACAUCAAAUCAGAUUUAAAAAACAAAACACAAAAAAGCACCUUUGGACCUUUUUUCUUUUCUUUUCUUUUCUUUUGUUUUUUACUGUGCUGAAGUGAAGUCAAGUGCUAUUAUUAUAUUAUUAUAUUAUUAUUAUUAUUGUAGCCACUCUGUCUGGAACCCUUUUUUGAAGAAAAAGCAAAGGAAAAAAAACACACAGAAAAAAAAAAAAAAAAGAAACUUAAGCCAAUCUGCACUUCUUGUUCCGACGAACAUGCUUGUAUGACCAAGUGACUGUCGUGGAUCUUUGUUUAAAACCGAUAAGGAACAAACAACAACAUGAAAACAAUAACAACAACAAAAAAAGCAGUUAAGAAACUGUCAUAAAAAUGGUGGCAAAGCGCAGAAGGAUUCAAUGGUAACGAUCACACAACACACAACACUCGACAGUAAAAAAAACACAAUCCAGAAUCAUGCUGCCUGAAUCAUACUUUAAUCUCUUUCUCUCUCUCUCUCUCUCUUUCUCUUCUUCGCUCUGUCACUUUGUCUCUUUCUUUCCAUCCUUUCUUUGUCUCUCUCUUCUCUCUUCCCUUUCUUCUGUUUCCCUUCUUUGUUUGUUUUUUUCUCUCUCUUUCUCUCUCUGUCGUCCUGCACACCAUCAUACACACCUGUAAUAAACAAAAACAAACAAAAAAAAAGAUAAAUAGCCUUUUAUUCAAUACAUAACUACAUGUUGGCUUGGUAGGCUUAGUUGAAACUAGUUCCAUUCCGACAGAAAAGAAUAAUAGUAAAAACAAAAUAUGAGCUUCUUUAUGUAUUGCUUCUGCCGCUGUAGUGUCCUGGUCAGAUUUAAAGAUGAUAAGACUACAUAUAUCUGAAAUACUGUAUUUACAAAUGCAUACCAGGGCUGGCCUCAACAAACAAACAACAACAGGGGGAGGGUUUUCAACUCCGUCCAGCGGGGAGGCUGAUCAGUAGCAGUCGGAGGUUUUCAGGCUGCCAGUUUGAAUCAAAAAUGCUCGUUUUCUUCGCUUCAAGUCUUCAUAGUGUUUUUUUAAACUCGUAGCGUUCACUGAAGCUCUCAGCUCUGCACCACUGCACGUCCUUCUGCAGAAAAACAAAGCAGCGCUGUACAGAGAGGCUCCUGGUGGACGCACAGCCUUAGAAAGCUUCCAAGAGACUUUUAUUUUUGCAAGUGUAUAGUUUUAAUUGAGUAUUUUUCUGAUGAAUGAUUGAAUGUAUUUGCUUUGAGGCGUUAAGUAAAUGUUGUGGGUUUACUGUCUGAAUGUUUGAAGAGGAAAGAGUCGAGCACACUAGUAGUCGGAGAGUCUCUUUUUAACAGCCAUCUGUCAGAGGUCUUCUCUCAAACUUUGUUGGCAGUUGGCUCGUGAAAUGGCAAAAGUGGCCAGUGAAUUUUAAAACAGCUGCGUGUGGCUGCAGAUUAAAAAACAGCAAGUUUGCUUUUUCUCAGGAAGGAACUGAUUUGAGAAGAAAAUCUGUCUCUAAAAUCCAAAAACUGUGACACAUGACGUGACAAAACUUCAGAAACAUUUUAAACCAGUAACAGUUUAGAAGAUGAAUUAUGUUUCUUUUUCUUACACCAGUACUUAAAACAGCAAAAUCAGUUAGUUUCCAUGGUAACCCUGUGAGCUGCACAAAUUAUCAUUAUUACUAUUAUUAUUAUUAUUUUUUAAGAUAUUUUUGGGGCUUUAUUGCCUUUACUUGAUAGGAUAGCUAUAUUGUGAAAGGAGGAGAGAGAGACAAGGAAUGACAUGCAGCAAAGGGACAUGGGUUAGAAUCAAACCCGCACCUGCUCCACCAGCAGAGCUCAUGGGCGCCUCGGCUGGGCAAAUUAUUAUUACUGUUAUUAUUAUCUCUUUGCAUUAAGUUCAAAUUUGGUCAUUUUGUCACAUGAAUUUAGAGUGGUGUGGACUGGAGUCACAAAUUUGACAAAGACUUGACUUUAACACCAACGACUCGAGACUUACAUGGACUUGAGCCUUUUGACUUAUGAAAUACUUGACACCUUCCCCAAACCCAAAUAUUAAAAAGUAUGUUUUAUUAAAAAUGUGCCACGAAUUAAUUCAUAUCUCUUCGUUUCCUGAAUAAACUAACGUUAACGCUUUUCAUUCCCAGCUAGUCAUCACCUCAUUACCGAGAUGAUCCACUUAGUUUGAACCAAUCUGACCGCAUCCAGUCAAGUUGCAUGAGAGAUCCAUGAAGACCUAACGUUAUGUCAACUGAGCGGCAGUUGAAAAAAAUGAUACCAAAGAUAAUUUCAUUCACGUACAAUAACUAUGCGAUGGUCAAAUAUAUUAAAAAACUAAUUGUAGUUUGCAAAAUGUGUGGGUUGAAAAAUAUGUACUUCCAAGAAAUUUGUUUUAGUAAAUACAGAUUUUAUACAGCAUUCAUGAUUUUUGUAAAUUUAAUAUUUUAUUACUCUGUUGUUAAAAUGGGAUUACAUUUGGUGAAGAUGGCAUUAUGGCUUGUUUAGGACUCAAAACUUAAGUUGAGGAUUGGGACUUGAGUACAAAGACUUGAGACUUACUUGUGACUCGCAAAAUGUUGACUUGGUUCCACCUCUGUAAAUUUAAACUGCUGACUUAUAGCAAGCUGUUUUGGUCUAUUUGUCAGAAUUCAAACUACUUUUAAACCUAAAAUACGUGAAUUUACUGUCCCGUUAGCAACUGAGCUAACCAGCUUGAGAACUGAGAGUUAGCAAGUAAGCUAACCUAGGGAGCUAUUGUGACUGAAUAGCAGUAGCAUGUUCCUGGUAAGCAAUUGUGUUUGCAGUAAGCUAAGGUUCCAGCACCAGUUUUCUGUGUUGUGUCUUAAUAGUAACCCCAGAGUUGUGAAAACUCCUGUGAGAUUUCAUCUACCAUGUCUCAAGUGAUCAUGUUAUCCCAAACCGUUAUCUUUUCGGAAACCUAACCAAGUGGUUUUUGUGCCGAAACCUAGCCAGCCCCUCAUCACCGCAUCGUCACAGCAUAAAACAGCGAAACAAGAGUAUUUUGGAUUAGGCUGCAAGAGUUUCGCAAAUCCGGGGUUAUCAUCUAGCUAAGAU